CUCGCUCGUUCUGCAGUGGGUAAAUUCGACCGGAUCGGGAUAGCAACUCCUACAGCAAUUCAGCAAAACACUCCGGAUUCAAUUGGAACGCAAGAACCAUAAGAAUAAGUGCUUAAAAAAAGGUGUUGUGAAGUGAAAAGUGCAAUAAAGUGAUACAAAAAUGAGUUUCCCACGGACAUUGUUCGCGUUAGCGUUGAGCACUGCAUGCUAUCUGCAUGUAGCUGCCACUUUCAUCUGCCCAAGGUAUGACAGUGCCAGACAGUUGUCUACGCUGCAUGCAAUGCCUCACAGUCCGACGGGUUAUGUGACCUGUGUUGGGAGAAUCAAAAUUGAAGCACAUUGUCCUGAGGGUGGUGUGUGGAGCGAUAGUGAUAAAACCUGCGUCCGACAUCGCUCAACGGACGUUGUUGAACGAUCGAGACGAGACACUGCAAUAGAGACAGUGACCACCUGUGCCACAGUUUGUCCGCAAGUGUUUGAUCCACGCAGGCUUGUGAUAGUGGAUCAUGCUGCGUGUACGAAGUAUAAUCUGUGCGUGCUUGGGCUGAUGUUGUCAGUGUCGUGUCCGAACGACUUGCGUUUCAAUCAGGAACGAUGUGAGUGUGAUUUUAAGGAGAAUGUGUACUGUGAAGGUGAAGAUCCAGCGACCACAACAAUCGAUUACGGUUCGACGACAACAGAGGUGAGCACAACGGAAGAAUACACUACUGAGGUUACUGCAUCCGAGUCGACAACGGAAGAGUCGACGACAGAAGAAUCCACUACUGAGGUGACAGCAUCCGAGUCGACAACGGAGGAGUCCACAACGGAAGAGUCUACGACUGAAGAAUCAACUACUGAGGUGACAGCAUCCGAGUCAACAACGGAGGAGUCCACAACAGAAGAGUCUACGAAUGAAGCAUCCACUACUGAGGUGACAGCUUCCGAGUCAACAACGGAAGAGUCGACGACUGAAGAAUCCACAACUGAGGUGACAGCUUCCGAGUCAACAACGGAAGAGUCGACGACAGAGGAAUCCACCACUGAGGUCACUGCAUCCGAGUCAAAAACGGAGGAGUCCACAACGGGAGAGUCGACGACUGAGGAAUCCACAACUGAGGUUACUACAUCCGAGCCAACAACGGAAGAGUCGACGACAGAGGAAUCCACAACUGAGGUUACAGCAUCCGAGUCGACAACGGAAGAAUCUACUACUGAGGUAACAGCAUCCGAGUCCACGACGGAAGAGUCCACAACGGAAGAGUCUACGACUGAAGAAUCCACUACUGAGGGGACAGCAUCCGAGUCAACAACAGAGGAGUCCACAACGGAAGAGUCUACGACUGAAGAAUCAACUACUGAGGUGACAGCUUCCGAGUCGACAACGGAAGAGUCUACGACUGAAGAAUCCACUACUGAGGUAACAGCAUCCGAUUCGACAACGGAGGAGUCCACAACGGAAGAGUCUACGACUGAAGAAUCCACUACUGAGGUAACAGCAUCCGAUUCGACCACGGAGGAGUCCACAACGGAAGAGUCUACGACUGAAGAAUCCACUACUGAGGGGACAGCAUCCGAGUCAACAACAGAGGAGUCCACAACGGAAGAGUCUACGACUGAAGAAUCCACUACUGAGGUAACAGCAUCCGAGUCGACAACGGAAGAGUCUACGACUGAAGAAUCCACUACUGAGGUGACAGCUUCCGAGUCAACAACGGAAGAGUCGACGACUGAAGAAUCCACAACUGAGGUUACUACAUCCGAGCCAACAACGGAAGAGUCCACAACGGAAGAGUCUACGACUGAAGAAUCAACUACUGAGGUGACAGCAUCCGAGUCAACAACGGAGGAGUCCACAACGGAAGAGUCUACGACUGAAGAAUCAACUACUGAGGUGACAGCAUCCGAGUCAACAACGGAGGAGUCCACAACGGAAGAGUCUACGAAUGAAGCAUCCACUACUGAGGUGACAGCUUCCGAGUCAACAACGGAAGAGUCGACGACUGAAGAAUCCACAACUGAGGUGACAGCAUCCGAGUCAACAACGGAAGAAUCUACUACUGAGGUAACAGCAUCCGAGUCAACAACGGAGGAGUCCACAACAGAAGAGUCUACGAAUGAAGCAUCCACUACUGAGGUGACAGCUUCCGAGUCAACAACGGAAGAGUCGACGACUGAAGAAUCCACAACUGAGGUUACUACAUCCGAGCCAACAACGGAAGAGUCCACAACGGAAGAGUCUACGACUGAAGAAUCAACUACUGAGGUGACAGCAUCCGAGUCAACAACGGAGGAGUCCACAACGGAAGAGUCUACGACUGAAGAAUCAACUACUGAGGUGACAGCAUCCGAGUCAACAACGGAGGAGUCCACAACAGAAGAGUCUACGAAUGAAGCAUCCACUACUGAGGUGACAGCUUCCGAGUCAACAACGGAAGAGUCGACGACUGAAGAAUCCACAACUGAGGUUACUACAUCCGAGCCAACAACGGAAGAAGCCACUUCUGAAGAGUCUACGACUGAAGAAUCCACUACUGAGGUGACAGCUUCCGAGUCAACAACGGAAGAGUCGACGACAGAGGAAUCCACCACUGAGGUCACUGCAUCCGAUUCGACCACGGAGGAGUCCACAACAGAAGAGUCUACGAAUGAAGCAUCCACUACUGAGGUGACAGCUUCCGAGUCAACAACGGAAGAGUCGACGACUGAAGAAUCCACAACUGAGGUUACUACAUCCGAGCCAACAACGGAAGAGUCCACAACGGAAGAGUCUACGACUGAAGAAUCAACUACUGAGGUGACAGCAUCCGAGUCAACAACGGAGGAGUCCACAACGGAAGAGUCUACGACUGAAGAAUCAACUACUGAGGUGACAGCAUCCGAGUCAACAACGGAGGAGUCCACAACGGAAGAGUCUACGACUGAAGAAUCAACUACUGAGGUGACAGCUUCCGAGUCAACAACGGAAGAGUCGACGACUGAAGAAUCCACAACUGAGGUUACUACAUCCGAGCCAACAACGGAAGAAGCCACUUCUGAAGAGUCUACGACUGAAGAAUCCACUACUGAGGUGACAGCUUCCGAGUCAACAACGGAAGAGUCGACGACAGAGGAAUCCACCACUGAGGUCACUGCAUCCGAGUCAAAAACGGAGGAGUCCACAACGGGAGAGUCGACGACUGAGGAAUCCACAACUGAGGUUACUACAUCCGAGCCAACAACGGAAGAGUCGACGACAGAGGAAUCCACAACUGAGGUUACAGCAUCCGAGUCGACAACGGAAGAAUCUACUACUGAGGUAACAGCAUCCGAGUCCACGACGGAAGAGUCCACAACGGAAGAGUCUACGACUGAAGAAUCCACUACUGAGGGGACAGCAUCCGAGUCAACAACAGAGGAGUCCACAACGGAAGAGUCUACGACUGAAGAAUCAACUACUGAGGUAACAGCAUCCGAUUCGACCACGGAGGAGUCCACAACGGAAGAGUCUACGACUGAAGAAUCAACUACUGAGGUGACAGCAUCCGAGUCAACAACGGAGGAGUCCACAACAGAAGAGUCAACGAAUGAAGCAUCCACUACUGAGGUGACAGCUUCCGAGUCAACAACGGAAGAGUCGACGACUGAAGAAUCCACAACUGAGGUGACAGCUUCCGAGUCAACAACGGAAGAGUCGACGACAGAGGAAUCCACCACUGAGGUCACUGCAUCCGAGUCAAAAACGGAGGAGUCCACAACGGGAGAGUCGACGACUGAGGAAUCCACAACUGAGGUUACUACAUCCGAGCCAACAACGGAAGAGUCGACGACAGAGGAAUCCACAACUGAGGUUACAGCAUCCGAGUCGACAACGGAAGAAUCUACUACUGAGGUAACAGCAUCCGAGUCCACGACGGAAGAGUCCACAACGGAAGAGUCUACGACUGAAGAAUCCACUACUGAGGGGACAGCAUCCGAGUCAACAACAGAGGAGUCCACAACGGAAGAGUCUACGACUGAAGAAUCCACUACUGAGGUGACAGCUUCCGAGUCGACAACGGAAGAGUCUACGACUGAAGAAUCCACUACUGAGGUAACAGCAUCCGAUUCGACAACGGAGGAGUCCACAACGGAAGAGUCUACGACUGAAGAAUCCACUACUGAGGUAACAGCAUCCGAUUCGACCACGGAGGAGUCCACAACGGAAGAGUCUACGACUGAAGAAUCCACUACUGAGGGGACAGCAUCCGAGUCAACAACAGAGGAGUCCACAACGGAAGAGUCUACGACUGAAGAAUCCACUACUGAGGUAACAGCAUCCGAGUCGACAACGGAAGAGUCUACGACUGAAGAAUCCACUACUGAGGUAACAGCAUCCGAGUCCACAACGGAAGAGUCUACGACUGAAGAAUCCACUACUGAGGUAACAGCAUCCGAGUCGACAACGGAAGAGUCUACGACUGAAGAAUCCACUACUGAGGUAACAGCAUCCGAGUCGACAACGGAGGAGUCCACAACGGAAGAGUCUACGACUGAAGAAUCCACUACUGAGGUAACAGCAUCCGAUUCGACCACGGAGGAGUCCACAACGGAAGAGUCUACGACUGAAGAAUCCACUACUGAGGGGACAGCAUCCGAGUCAACAACAGAGGAGUCCACAACAGAAGAGUCUACGACGGAAGAACCAACUACAGAGGUGACGGCAGCCGAGUCGACAACAGAACGAUCUGAAUCCUCAACGCAAUCGGACACCACAACGGAGUCGAUCACAUUAUCUACGAUUGAAGUGACUGCCGAAGGAAUGACGCUAAGCACAACGCUAGCCCCCGAAACAACGACUCUUUCACAAGUGACAUCCAGUACGGAGAAACCACCCGUAACAGGAUCUCAGAUUGUGACCGAGAUAUCGAAGGCGUUCGAGAAAAUUUCCAGCAUUUUCGAAACGCUGGCAAAAAUAUUUGCUUCUAGCAUUAAAAAGAACUAAGGAAAAUCGUCUCUAGAAAAUUCAGAUCUCACGUUGUAUAAAAAUUGGUAAGAAAUCAUUUAAUUUAUGGAAAAAAUGAGGCAUAAAAAGAACACCGAAGCAUAAGCGAAGCGCAUCUCCAAACAGAACGCCAAAACACAAAGCCGAUUGAACAACGCAAAAUAAACACGCCACACAGAAACACACAAACACACAUUGGACAGAUUUGGACUUACGUCAACGCAAUCGUGCGCUUCAUCCUGAAAGGGCUAGGAAUUCUGGGACUCAGCAACUCCAGCCAGUUGCGUGAAGCCGAAUGGCAAGAGGAAGAGGAAGACGACGCAACGGAGUACGCCGAGGUGGACACAGUGCCAUCGGUGUCUUCGUCGUCCUGGUCGUCAUCGUCACUGCUGAUCGUGUCACCACCUCCACCAUGACGACAGUUCAGUGAAUAGACCGAGGCAAUGCCCCUGCUGUCAGGACGCUUCGCCUCAUCGUCCUUUGCGAUCGAUGCCGCCGGUUCAGGACUCGUGACGUGGUAGAUGUGAUAGUCCCUGCUCGUGCAACUAUAAAAGCGUUGGACAUGCGGUGUUGUGCGCAUGCAUGUGUGUGGUGCGAUGCGAUUGAAAGUAAAUUUGACAGUUGUGUUGUGUGUUUAAGAAGAGCGUAAAAUUAAAAGCAGGGAACAGAAACCAGAAACGCAUGAAAAUUAAAAGAAAAAAUAAGAUGCAAUUAAUAUUGAUGCAAACCAAAAA